AUGCAACAAAGGGUCCUGUGUUUGUUAUUGUUAGCAGGGACUAUGGAAUCAAUACAAGAAAAUGUGUCCUUGGCAUUAGCCUGUACACAGGCCCAGGAAAUAAGCAGAGGCCCGCGGCCCCCCUACCCCAGCCCGGGCAGAGAGCUGCAGCUGCAGUGUGACGUCCCAGGGGAUCCUGGCCCCCUGGAGUUCCUGUGGACAAAGGAAGGCAGCGAUGUCCCCCUGCAGAUAAACCCUGACCGCAUCCUCACCCUUCCUCCCGUCGGCAAGAAUGAAACUGGCACCUACAUCUGCACGGCCACCAGUGCCUGGGGCAGCUCUGUGGCCAAGUACAGCCUGGAGAUGAUCGACCUCUUCCGUAAGGUGUUUGUUUUCCCGAGAGCAUCCAACGACUCCUAUGUUAUCCUGAAGCCGAAGCCAGAGCAGCCACUGCAGAAUUUUACCGUGUGUCUGAGAUCCUACACUGACCUGCCCCGGCCAUACGCCCUCUUCUCCUAUGCCACCAAGGCCUAUGACGACGAGAUCCUGCUCUUCAAAUCCAGCUCCAGGGAGUACAGACUAUACGUGGGGGGGGAAUUUGUGACCUUCAGAGUCCCAGAGACCCGUAUGGACUGGGAGCACGUCUGUGCCACCUGGGAAUCCGCCACGGGCAUAGCCGAGCUUUGGGUGAACGGGAAGCCCUUACCCAGGAAAGGGCUGCGGAAAGGCUACUCCGUCAGUACUGAGGCUGUGAUCAUCCUGGGGCAGGAGCAGGACUCCUUCGGGGGCGGGUUUGAUUUAUAUAAUUCUUUUACAGGUGAAAUGACUGACGUGUACAUGUGGGACCAUGUCCUCUAUGACAUGCAAUCUAUAAUGUGGGGUGGGUCCUUUUCCCGCUACAUCUUUGGCUGGAAUAAUUUGCACUAUGAAUUAGUAGGUGAUGUGUUCCUGAAACACAGGCUGUUAUUCUGAUCCUGUGAGCACAGGCCGCAUUCAGUAGCGGUGCAGCCCCGGCCAAAGCUCCAACUCCUGCUGUCUGCUUUCAGAGAGUGACCUGCCCCCGGGGCGUGCUGUCUGCAGCUAUGAACCAGACAUGCCAAACCCGCAGCAAAAACGCAGAAAUUGGGCUUGUUUUUGGCUUAAUUGGCUUGUGAGUUGCUUGUUGGCUAGUUUUGGCUUGUAGCUUGUGGCUUCUUAUUUUUUUUUAUUGGC